AUGCCAGGCCGCAUACUCGAAGAAUCCACGUUCCAGCACAGACAAGUGCCGGGACCCGUAUCCAAGUCGACCGUUGAGAAGCUGAACCCGGUAUGGGACUCUCGGGCCGUGUAUUUUGUCGUUGACUAUGCCAAAAGCCACGACAAUUUCCUUGUGGACGUUGACGGCAAUGAGUUCCUCGAUGUGUACUCUCAAAUCGCGUCCAUUCCUGUUGGCUACAACAAUGCCACAUUGAUCGAAACAGCAAAGUCCCCAGAAAUGGUCACUGCGCUUGUCAAUCGCCCUGCUGUCGGAAACUUCCCGGCUCAAGGUUGGCUCGCCCAGCUCAAAGACGGCCUCCUUCGUGUUGCACCCAAAGGCCACAAUAAGGUCUUCACAGCUCAAUCCGGAUCCGAGGCAAAUGAACUUGCCUACAAAGCUGCCUUCAUGCGUUACAUGCGCCGGCAGAGGGGUGAAGGCGUCGAGUGGUCCCAAGAAGAGAUCGAGUCUUGCAUGAACAAUUCAGCUCCUGGAUCGCCCGACCUGGCCAUACUCAGCUUCAAAAACUCUUUCCAUGGCCGAGGCUUUGGCAGUUUGUCUACUACUCGGUCAAAGGCAGUUCACAAACUAGACAUCCCUGCCUUUAAGUGGCCUCAAGCGCCAUUUCCGGCCUUGAAGUUUCCUCUUGAGGAGAACGUCGAGGCAAACAGGGCUGAAGAGGAGGCUUGCCUCAAAAAGGUUGAUGAGCUCAUUACCACCUGGUAUUGUCCGGUGGCAGCUGUCAUAGUAGAACCUAUCCAAAGCGAAGGUGGCGACAAUCAUGCCUCUCCAGCAUUCUUCCAGGGACUUCGUGAUAUCACAAAGAAGCACGGCAUAAUGCUUAUCGCUGAUGAGGUACAAACAGGAUUCGGUGCCACAGGCCGAUUUUGGGCUCAUGAGCACUGGCAUCUCAGUAGCCCACCGGACAUGGUGACUUUUUCCAAAAAAGCUCAAACGGCGGGCUAUUUCUUUGGUGAUGAUAGCCUGACCCCGGACAAGGCAUACAGACAGUUCAACACCUGGAUCGGUGACCCUGCACGUGUCUUGAUGUGUAAUGCCGUCAUCAGUGAGAUAAUUGACAGAAACCUUGUCGAGCAAACCGCAAAAGUCGGCGAAAAGCUUUAUACCGAGCUCGCAACGCUUGCGAAGAGAUUUCCGGGCGAUAUUCAGAAUUUGCGCGGAAAGGGCCAAGGCACUUAUAUUGCGUUCGACACAGGAGACGCUGCCGCCCUGGUCGGAAAAAUGAGAAGCCUUGGGGUCAACAUCGGUACUUGUGGAGUUAGAACAGUACGACUGAGACCUAUGCUUAUCUUCGAGGAGAAUCACAUACCUCGCUUGGUCCAGACACUGGAGAGAGCGCUUAAGUAG